AUGAACGGGUGCUUCGAAGGUGUUGGGCUGCGAUGCCUUUUUAAGGGCGUCAGCGUGGCUGCCCCCAAGCCUCCAAAAUACCUCCUAGCCUUUGACUUUGAUGAGACGAUCAUCAACGAGAACAGCGAUGACUCGGUCAUCAGGGCCGCUCCGGGCCAGGCGCUUCCAGAGCACAUCCGCCAGACCUUCCGGGAUGGCUUCUAUAACGAGUACAUGCAGCGUGUCUUCGAGUACCUGGGAGACCAAGGGGUCAAGAUGCUGAACUACAAAACCGUCUAUGAGAACAUCCCGCUGUCUCCUGGGAUGCCGGAGCUCUUCCAGUUCCUCUCCAAGAACCAAGACCAGUUUGAGAUCAUCCUUCUGUCUGACGCCAACAUGUUUGGCAUCGAGUGCACUUUGAGAGCCGCCGGCGUCUACUCCCUCUUCCGCAAAAUCUUUAGCAACCCCUCUGGGUUUGAUAAGAGGGGCUACCUCACCUUGGGGCCCUAUCACACUCACAAGUGCCCCCAGUGCCCCGCAAACAUGUGUAAGCGCAAAAUCCUCACUGAGUACCUGAUGGAGCGGGCCCAGGAGGGAGCAGAAUUUGAGCGCAUUUUCUACGUCGGGGACGGAGCCAAUGACUUCUGCCCUUCCGUGGCUUUGACUUCGACAGAUAUUGCUUUCCCGCGGAAGGGCUACCCCAUGCACCAGAUGACCCAGGAGAUGGAGAAAAAGCAACCCAGAGCCUUCCAGGCCACCGUACUGCCCUGGGACUCGGCUGUAGAAGUUUGCUGCUAUCUGCAGGAGCUGCUCAAGAAGAAAUGCUGA